CAACCAGUCACUAUUUUGUUGUCUGUAGCAACCGUUUCCGCCACAGAACAAGGUUUGCAUAGAGUGAAUUUACAAAAAGUACUACAAAAAUGCCACCAAAAGCGAUUGGAAAGGGGAAGCAGGCCCCGGCUAAACCUAAAGCCGCAGGAAAGAAGAAGGAUGGGGAUGACAUGACAGAUGCCGGAGAUGGCACUGAUGCUGAUGAAUGGAACAUUACAAAAACUUUAGUGAAGCCAGAUGAUCAGCUGGACCUUUCUGAACAGGAAUUGAAAGAAGAGUUCACAAGGAUUCUGACAGCCAACAAUCCACAUGCUCCACAGAAUAUUGUCCGAUACAGUUUUAAGGAGAGACAAUACAAACAGACUUCAAGUGUCGACCAGCUGGCUAUCCAUUUUGCUCUAGAUGGUAACAUGAUCCACAAAGAGUCAGAUGAGGCCCAGCGUCAGCGUACAAGACUUGGUGUACCUGAAGGUGGCUCACACAGUGAGCAGGCUGUAAGCGAAGCUGGUGAAGCGGCAUCUGGAGCCGCCGGUGCCGGUGCCGACGGCGAGGAGGCCAAAGAGGAGCUGGUUCAAACAACAAUAGACACGGACGAGGCUAAAGAGGAGCAGAGGGAAGAGGCCUCAACCCCAGCUCCAGCACAAACCGAAGGGGGCGGCUCAAAAAAGUUGACAAAUCAGUUCAAUUACAGUGAACGUGCCUCACAGACCUACAACAAUCCCUAUAGGGAACGAGGUACAGCUACAGAACCUCCACCGCGAGCAGUAUUCGCUGCCAAUGUAACACAAUGGGAAAUCUUUGAUGCAUACCAGGAAGACUUUGAAAAACAGGAGAAAAAUAAAGAGAAGAAAGUUAUACCUGGAAGGAAGGAAGAGGAUAAAACCAGAAAGAGGCUCACAAUUACUGAAACAUCGCAGGGAGAUGAUGUUUCUAGAAUUUCUAAGGCAUCAAAGAUUAUAGAACGUAUGGUGAAUCAGAAUACAUAUGAUGACAUAGCACAGGAUUUCAAAUACUGGGAAGAUCCGUCUGAUGAGUAUCGUGAAAACGAGGGUACACUGUUGCCGCUAUGGAAAUUCAGCUAUGAGAAAGCAAAGAAGUUGGCUGUAACAUCACUCUGCUGGAACCCCAAAUAUAAAGAUCUGUUUGCAGUGUCUUUUGGAUCAUAUGACUUCAUGAAGCAAGCAGGUGGAAUGAUUCUGUUCUACUCCCUGAAGAACCCCUCUUUCCCAGAGAACAUUUACGAGACAGACAGUGGUGUCAUGUGUCUUGACGUACAUCCUGAACACCCGUACAUGGUGUGUGUCGGUUUUUAUGAUGGUAGUGUUGGAGUAUACAAUGUAGAAAAGAAAGAUGGACCAAUGCAUAGAUGUACAGCCAAAAAUGGAAAACAUACAGACCCAGUCUGGCAGGUGAGAUGGCAGAAGGAUGAUCUAGAAAACAACCACAAUUUCUACUCAAUCUCCUCAGAUGGACGGAUAGUACACUGGACAAUCAUAAAGAACGAAUUAACAUUCCAAGAUGUGAUCAAGCUUGCCAUGCCUGAUGCUCCAGCUGAGGGUCCUGAUGGAACCAAAAUCCAAACAAUUGGAUGUGGAACUGCAUUUGACUUUCAUAAGAAGAAUGACUAUAUGUUUGUUGUUGGUUCUGAAGAAGGAAAGAUUCACACAUGUUCUAAAGCUUAUAGCAGUCAGUUCCUUGACUCGAUGGAUGCUCACAAUAUGGCAGUUUACAAGGUGCGUUGGAACCCAUAUCAUCCAGAUAUCUACAUAACCUGUAGUGCUGACUGGACUGUCAAAAUCUGGGAAAGAGGAAAUAAAUCUGCAAGUGACAAAAAUGAAUCUGCUGAUAGUGCUACUAGGAAACCAUUGUUUACAUUUGACCUGAAUAACUCCGUAGGUGAUGUUGCUUGGGCACCCUUUUCUUCCACAGUAUUUGCUGCAGUCACUGCUGAUGGCAAGUUGUUUGUAUAUGAUCUGAAUGUGAACAAAUACGAGCCACUCUGUGAGCAGAUGGUUGCACAGAAAAAGAAGACAAAACUCACACAUCUAGAAUUCAACCCUCAAUAUCCUAUAGUCAUUGUUGGAGAUGAUAGGGGAACAGUAACCAGCUGCAAGUUAUCGCCAAACUUAAGAAAACAACCAAAGGAAAAGAAAGGAGUUGCAGCCCCUGACCCGUCUGUCAGAGAGCAAGCCGAGAUAGCCAAGCUUGAUAAAAUCCUCGGCAUGGUACGAGAACCAAAGGAUGGAAAACCCACCAGUUAAAUGUUCAAAGAUCUAGUUUUAAAAGUCUCUAAAAGUGUCAUGACAGAACAUUUUACCAAAAAACCUUAUAAGAAAUAAAUUGACAGUAUUGGUAUAUUCUCACAUGAGUUUAAAAAUAUGGAUAAAGGUAAAAAAGACACAACAUGAUAUUUUUCAGUUGUAUUCAUACUAGCUGAAAGUUGCAGUUAGUAAGAUUUUUAUUUUAUUCAUUAUAAAUAAAGUAGCAGUGAUACUCAAACAGUUUUAUUAUGGCCUGAGAAAGUUUUGCAUAGGUGCUACAGUGUCUGGAGAAGUUUGAACAAAUGUUUCAUCUGUACAGUCACAGUGAUUUAGAACCAUGCAAAUAUAUAUACAAACACGUGCACUUGGGAAUAAAUCAAAUCAAAUUCACAAUUUGACCAGUUUUACUCUCCCCUUUAUAGUGCAAAAUUACAAGUAUUGUGUACUGUAUCAUAUUCUGUCCGAAUUUUUUGAGAGAUUUUUUUUCUGAUCAUUGUUAGUUAUUUUGAGAAAAUAUUCCUCACAGAAACUCCCAAUUUUAAGGGAAUACAAAUUACUGUGACUGUAACAUAUUGCCUAUGCACAGAAACUACCGAGUACCUUUAUUUAAAUUUAUAAGCAGGUCAGAUAUUUUUGAAUCGCAACAAAAUUAUAUAAACUGUGCAAAAAAAUAUAACUGAAAUUAUUUUGUUUUUGCAAUUCUAUGUUUAUUGCAAAUUUUGAGAAGGAACCAAGGCGUUCCUGAAACAAUUUACAUGUAGUUAAGUUUCUGUUAAAGAUAACAUUAUGUACAUAUGAAACUGUUUUAAUGUAUUUAUUUCCAUACUUGCAAAUAUGAUGCAUUUCUGUGAUGUUAAAUAUGAUUCCUGCCUUUACUAGAUAUUUUGGAAUAAUUUUUUCAAUAUUUAAAAAUUUUAUUGCAUAUUUGAGAUUAAAAAUUUGCUAAACACCAAA